AUGGAGGAAAAGAAGUACUUCGGUUUGGAAACGCUGUGGAAGCUGGAGAGAAGCAACGUGGCCACAAAAUCCGACCUCGUAAUGCUGUUGGUGCACUGGUUUUUGACGAAGCAUGGGUUUCGCAACGUUGGAGUCGGAGAUGAUAAAACUUUAGAUAACAGCGUCGAAAUGAGUGAGUUGCUACCGGAAGGAUGGAAUGGGAAUAGCACGUCGUACGCGUUGCGGUACACAAUGAACAACGAACUGUACAUUUUACACGGAACGCUGUCAAACGAAACGAUGAUUCUUAACCUCCUACACACCAAGACGCUGCAGGUUUCGAACGCAGCAUUCAACCUGAACACUACCGUUCAAUCGAUUCAGGGGGAAAAUGUCAAAAAAUUGAUCGCUGAUGUCGACACGCAAAUAACUCGCCUAAAUGACGAGCUCCUAAAGCCGAUACAUGAUGGUGGCGCGAAAUCCUCUGGCACACAAACUACCGCAGUAAGUGCUGCUCCCGUCGUUCAGAGACAGAACCCGAAUCUGGCCAACGAACGCGCACAGAUUAGAAAUCCGGUUUCCUAUCCGGUUGGGGUUUUGCUUCCCCGCAUCGGGCAGGCGGAUUUAGACCCGCUGGGAAGAUUUGGUGGUGGCGGUAUGCUGAUGGGCCCAAUUCGUGGCAUAAGACCAAAUGGACAAAUGGGUGUUGGUCAAUUUCUUCCCGGUGCCCGCUUUGACCCGAUUGGGCCGAACAUAAACCCAAAUAACGGACCGGGACCCAAUCCGGACCACCUUCCACCGCCGGGUUAUGAAGAUAUGUUUAUGUAAGAAACACAACGCUUCCCACAAAGUUUUUUUGAUUUACUUUUUUUUCCUUACUAUGUUUAAUGAAUUCAGUUCGGGUAAAUCUAACGUAUGUAUAAUAAAUACCGUUUGAUAAAACUGUUGUUACGUUCCU